UUUUUCUUUUAGCAAAUGACGUUUCUUCAGCAACAUCCACGUCAAAUGGUAGCAGAUUUACAAUAAUUUCACAGUAGUUGUUCACAAUUUAUGAAAUUCAAGAUUAUUUACUAGCAUAUUAUAACUCAACUUAACUGGAAAUGGAUUCGCUAAUGGAACCAACCCUCUACACGAUCAAAGGAAUGUGCAUUCUGGACAACGAUGGCAAUCGGAUAUUGGCCAAGUAUUACGAUAAGAACGUAUUCCCCACCGUGAAAGAGCAGAAAGCAUACGAGAAGAACCUAUUCAACAAAACGCAUCGAGCCAACGCCGAAAUUAUCAUGCUGGAUGGAUUGACCUGCGUUUACAAGAGCAAUGUCGAUCUGUUCUUUUACGUGAUGGGAAGCACGCAUGAAAACGAGCUGAUCCUGCUUUCGGUGCUGAACUGCCUGUUCGACACGGUCACCAUGAUCCUGAAGAAGAACGUCGAGAAGCGAGCGGUGCUGGAAAACCUGGACGUUGUGAUGUUGGCCUUCGACGAAAUUUGUGAUGGAGGAAUUAUCCUGGAUGCAGAUCCGUCAUCGGUGGUGAAGCGAGUGGACCUUAGAAACGACGACAUUCCUAUCGGAGAGCAAACUGUUGCACAGGUUCUGCAGUCCGCUAGAGAACAGUUGAAAUGGUCUCUACUAAAGUAAUUUCAUAAGAGAACCUGGUUCAAUAAUUCGAUGACUACUGUGGGGGAAUUUCUAAUGAUAGUUAAUAAACAUUCUAUUAAGUCAGAUAAAAUAUGUGUAUUAUGAAAUAUUAUUGAAAAGUAAAUAUAUAGUAUAUCUAAUAUUAUACAUCUUUUAAAAACUUAACA